AUGGCGAAUUACUUGGUUGCCAAGGUCUUCCCUCUCAAUUUUUUAAAACAUCAAAGAGACAAGUUGAGGAGUGAUUUCAAGUACUACAUUUGGGAUGACCCUCACUUGUGGAAACGGGGGGCGGAUCAAGUGAUUCGUAUAUGUGUUCUAGAGUCGGAAUUCCAAUAUAUUCUUGAAUUUUGUCAUUUAUCCGAGUGUGGUGGCCACUUUUGCCCCCAACGGACAGCUAAAAAAGUUUUAGAUUGUGGAUUCUGGUGGCCGACAUUGUUCAAAGAUGCAAGCCAAUAUUACUUUAUGACAGCAUUUUCUAACUCAAGUGGAUAUCUUUACAUUCUAUUGGCGGUUGAUUAUGUAUCAAAGUGGGUGAAAGCGAUUUUCGCCCGCCUUGAUGAUGCUAAUACUGUGGUUUCUUUCAUUAGAAACAAUAUUGUAUGUCGUUAUGGGUCGCCACGAGCAAUCAUGAGCGACCAAGGUACUCACUUUUGCAACAAGAAGAUAGAAGCAUUACUCAAGCGAUAUAGGAUACUACACAAGGUUGCAACUGCUUACCACCCCCAAAUUAACGGCUAA